AUGAAGUUUUCAAUUAUUGUCCUCACUCUCUUUGCUACCUACAGUUUUGCAGCUCCAGUUGCUGAAGCCAAUGCAAAUGCAAAUGCAAAUGCAAAUGCUGAAGCUCUCGCAGCUCCAGUCGCUUUUGCGGCAGCUCAUGCUGAACCUGGAAAGAAGAAGAAGUGGAAAAAGAUGAUGUUUGGUCUCACUGGUACUGGUGCCGGUACUACAACUACUACAACGGCUGGUGGUGCUGGGGGCGCCGGUGGCGCCGGUGGCACGGGCGGUGCUGGUGGUUCUGGCGGUGCUGGCACCUCUGGUCCUUCUACAUCUAACAAUCUGAACUCAAAUACCGGAACCAGCAACAAUGUUAACAACAACUUGAACAAUAAUAAUAACGGUAACAGCAACCAAAUUUCUAUCUAUGUCGCUCCUGGUGGCUACUUGUCCCCAUCAACCUCCAUUUCUGGCUCAGUGCCAUUUACUGGAACUUUAAUUAAUGGCGUUCUUUAUGGUAACUCUCCUAGCAUUGGUGGUCUUGGAAACGUUGUUAUCAAUAACCUUGGUCAGCUCCAAGUGGUUGAGGGUGCAACUAGCACGGGUACUGCACCCACUUGGAUCAUUCAAAAUGGGGCUAUUGUUCCCAGUGGCCAGUCUAUCAUUUCAUGCCUUAAUAACCAGGGUAAUAUUAUUCUCUACUGUGCUGCUUCUUGUCCUGAUGGUGCAACAGCCAUACCUUAUGAUCUUGCUACUAACUACACUGAUUCUCCCAUUUAA